GGACAAUAGUACGGGUUUUGACCAAGUUUUGACGAAAGUUAUAAAAUUUUAGUUAAAUACACGAAAUGUUCUUGUGUAGGAUUUUGCGGAUUGAUAUGAUUAAUCGUGUAAAAUGGUUUGGUGCAGUGUAAAUGCAUGCAAAAGCGAUUCGGAGAAGAAAAUUGACGAAUGUUUUUGCACUUAUAUCCCGACAAACCAGAAUUAUGCAGUUUAUGGAUUGCAGCUACUGAAAAGGAAAAACAAAUGUUUUAAAAGAAAAAGCAUACACCAUUCCACCAACUACCCCCGUGUAAUCUGCGUGGAACGAAUUUUGUCAAUAGGCGCCAUAUUGUUUAAUGAUGUAUGACAUUUGUGCAAGCCUGUGAUUGGUUAGCGGUGAAGGCCAUAUAUAUCGGCCGGCCAUUUGAAAUUUUCAAUAAUUUUACUUAGUGUUGCCCAAUAAUCGAUUAUUUAUCGAUAUACCGUUGAUUAUUGGGCAACACUGUUACAUGGUACUGUGUGAUCGAGUGAAGUGUAUUUGACUAUUUGUGCUUAUCCUCUCAACUUUAUCUUAAAGACUUAUAAUACAAAGCCCAGUGAAUCUUUUCACAUUCGUUUUCUUCCGUAGAAAAUGUAUUACAAGUGUUGUGUUUGCGAAAGUUCGCGACAGGACGCUAUUUUGCAUCAUUUUCCAUGCACUGAGAAAAGACUUAAUAAGUGGUUGAAGUGUCUCGAGAAGCAGGUUAAUUUAAAAGAUACACCAAAAAGUAAACUUUCGAAGCUCUUUGUGUGUCAAAAGCAUUUCGAAAGUAAAUUCAUUACUGCGAAAUCCCAUCUUUUAGGCAAGGCGUACCCAUCUCUAUUCACUGAAGAAGAGAUUGCUAGUGGAAUACCGUUGAACGAGAAUUAUACUGAAAAUGAAAAUCCCCAGGUUGAGCAUAAUUACACCCGAGAAAGGCACUUCGACCAUUCGUACUGUAAUAGUAUGUUGAAAGUGUUAAAUAAUUCUUCAAAAGAAACUGGCGGCGCUUAUGAUGAUAAAAUUGGCGACAAAUUUGUAGAAGACAUAUUACAAGAUCGUUUUCAGCAGAAUCCAGGUGAUACAGCUUCACAAGAAACUGGAGUCCUUGAUGGUGAAGAUAACGUUGAGGAGGAUAUAUUCGAAGAAAUCGUAGACGAUGAUUUUCACCAGAUUCCAGGAGAGGCGCAGCCUGCGACGCUGUCGGCGGGCGAGUUCUCGUGGCAGCGGGCGAGCGCGGUGGUGCCGGGCGACGCCGACGACGUCGCCGGUGCAGAGUAUGAUAUGGAAGCGGAGAUGUUCGAGGCCCCGGCGCCGCGGGCCAGCGCUCGCGAGCAGGCCCUGCACGAGGGGUACCGCUGCAACGGCUGCGGCGGGAGCAUAGUGGGGUUCCGCUACAACCCGUGUGCUGGUUGCAGGUUCCGCUACGUGUGCGUGCAGUGCGCGGACGUGGACCUGUGCAGCGCGUGCGAGGCGGCGGGCCAGCAUAUGCGCCACUACGCGCUGCGAGUGCCCGGCCCGCGGGCCUACGACGAGGUGGCCGCGGUGCUGCACAGGGUACGCCAGGCGCUGCUGGCCGACUCCAUCCUGCUCGGGGACGGUUUGCAGAUGGAGGCAGAGGUGAAGGAGGAGCCAGAGGAAGCGGACCCGAUAGCGACGCCAGCGGAUCCGAUAGCGAUGCCAUCGGACCCGAUAGCGAUGCCAUCGGACCCGAUAGCGAUGCCAGCGAACCCGAUAGCGAUGCCAACGAACCUGAUAGCGAUGCCAGCGAACCUGAUAGCGAUGCCAGCGAACCUGAUAGCGAUGCCAGGGAACCCGAUAUCGAUGCAAGCGGUUCUUAUGUCGAUGCCAAAAGAUCCAAUAUCGGUGCAAGCGUAUCCGAUAGCGAUGCCAGCGGCAGCGAAUGACGGGGACGAGUGCGAGAUAGAGGCAGAAGUGAAGAAGGAGCCAGAGGAACCGGACCCGAUAGCGAUGCCAGCGGAUCCGAUAGCGAUGUCAGCGGAUCCGAUAGCGAUGUCAGCGGAUCCGAUAGCGAUGUCAGCGGAUCCGAUAACGAUGUCAGCGGCAGCGAAUGACGGGGACGAGUACGAGUCGGUCGGUGCCGCGUCUGCGGCCGAGUCCACGCAUGCGCUCGAGGCCGACACGGCGGCCAGUGAUGAUGACGACAGCUACGCGCCGUCCGAGGACGACUCGGACUCGGACACAGAGGCGGGCCGGAGCGCCCCCGGACACACAGUCGACUACAGCACACCGACACGCUCGCAGUCUCACCACGCGUCACCAUCUUCGGCACGCGCUGUCAAGCGACCAGCGCCGGAUCCUAUAUGCUACUUCGACCUGAGGAAGAAUGCUGCGAUGAUAGCGGGUGACCGCAGCAAGAGCGACAUGAAGCCAGCGGCGUUGAGGCGGCAGCCGGCUACGCAGCUCCACAGCUUACCUCGCCACGAGGACGACACACUCGCUGACAAGAGACCGUUGUCCGCGGCACAAGUUUUGUUAGACUCUAAACGAGCGCGUGUUAUCCUAGAACGACUCGACGACACUGAAGUACACACGCCGAGAGUCAAGAGAUGACGCUGUCUCAAAACGAAAGACUGACCAAAUAGAUGUGAUAUAUUAUGAUUUAAUAUGGUUUUUGUAAACUAAAUCGUUCCCUUUGUUUUAUCAAAACAAAUGUUAAUGUCUUAAUCUAAAUAGAAAUAACCAAUAUUAUUUUUGCUUCGCCACACAAGACAUAUCUAGUCACUAAUAAGGAAGGCUCUUGAAUCUUUAGUACUCAGUAGGGUCGCCUAGUAGGUACUAAUGUCUCAGGUCAAUCUCAAAGGCGCUAUCGAGUUGUCGGCACCGGUAUGCGUUUGAGUUUGAGUCCUGCAGUUUUGCCUUCGCGAAUGGAAUGGUAAAAGGUUCUGCGGAUUUAUAUCAUAUCAAUAUCGUUCUUUUUUUUUAUUUGACCCGGAUAAGUGUGAAGCUCCGAUGAUCUCUCUAGGUGUUCUCCUUCUUAAAACAUACACGUCUUCUCCAGCAGAUUUGCUCUUAUUACCCUACCCCAAGGCCCUACCCUACCCCUACCUAUCUGGAUAUGUUCACAACAAAAUGAUUCCAUUCAUGGUAUAAGAAAACCAGGUUUGCUCAAUCCUAUGACAAGCCGCCAUUGCCCUUUGAUGACGUGUUACUUACAUUGAUAUCUCCAACAUUCCAAGGACGUAAAUUUUAUUAUAAAAAUUAAGUCUUCAUAAUCAUAUCAUUUAUUGCAUUCCACAAUACACAUUACUUUAUAUAACAUCCUUCUGUAUACCUGUAUUUAAAAAUAAAGAUUUUGAUUUUUUAA